AUGGCCGCGCUUUGGGGCUUGAAGGUGGCGCUGAUCGAUGCCGACAACGCAGCACCCGUCACCCUCCGCGCCCGUAAAUUCAUCACCAACCGCCUUUUGGCGCGCCGUCAGUUUGUUCUCGAUGUUCUCCACCCAUCGCGACCGAACGUACCAAAAACCGAGCUUGCAGAGAAGUUGGCUACCAUGUACAAGACGGACAAAGCACGCGUAGUCUGCUUUGGUUUCCGAACACAGUUCGGUGGUGGACGUAGCACUGGAUUUGCGCUGAUUUACGAUGAUGAGACAUCACAGAAGAGGUUCGAACCUAAGCACAGACUGGUCAAGUCUGGCCUUGCUAUCAAGGUUGACAAGCCUUCGCGUAAACUGCGACACGAGAGAAAGAACCGCGCCAAGAAGUUCCGUGGUACUAAGAAGACUAAGGCUGCUGAACCUGCUAAGAAGGGCAAGUAA